AUGGGCAAGCCGAAAAGGAAAAGUGAGCUCAGCCGGGCUGAACUGAUGAUGAUGACAAUUGCAGAUGUCAUCAAACAGCUGGUAGAGGCUCAUGAGCAAGGAAAAGAUAUUAAUCUUAAUAAAGUGAAGACACAGACCUCAGCAAAGUAUGGCCUCUCAGCACAACCCCGUCUGGUGGACAUCAUCGCUGCAGUGCCCCCCCACUAUCGACGGGCACUCGUCCCAAAGCUGAAAGCCAAGCCCAUCCGCACAGCCAGUGGAAUUGCCGUUGUUGCUGUGAUGUGCAAGCCCCAUCGAUGUCCACACAUCAGUUUCACUGGCAACAUUUGUGUAUACUGUCCAGGUGGUCCGGACUCUGAUUUUGAGUACUCGACACAGUCUUACACAGGCUAUGAGCCAACGUCUAUGAGGGCAAUCCGGGCGCGCUAUGAUCCAUAUCUACAGACCAGGCACAGAGUGGAACAGUUGAAGCAGCUGGGCCACAGUGUGGAUAAGGUGGAGUUCAUUGUGAUGGGUGGCACGUUCAUGGCCCUGCCUGAGGACUACAGAGACUAUUUCAUCCGCAACCUUCACGACGCGCUGUCGGGACACACUUCCAACAACGUGGCCGAGGCUGUCAGAUACUCUGAGCGCAGUAACACCAAAUGUGUGGGGAUCACCAUCGAGACACGGCCGGACUACUGCCUGAAGCGGCACCUCAGUGACAUGCUGGCAUACGGUUGCACCAGACUAGAGAUCGGUGUGCAGAGCGUCUAUGAAGAUGUGGCUCGUGACACCAACAGAGGACACACGGUCCGAGCCGUCUGUGAGUCUUUUCAUCUGGCUAAAGACGCUGGCUUUAAGGUGGUGGCCCACAUGAUGCCUGACCUGCCCAAUGUGGGCAUUGAGCGCGACAUUGAGCAGUUCAUAGAGUUUUUUGAGAACCCAGCGUUUCGGCCAGACGGGCUAAAGCUGUACCCUACGCUUGUGAUCCGGGGAACAGGCCUGUAUGAGCUGUGGAAGACGGGUCGAUACAAGAGCUACUCACCCAGCACCCUGGUUGACCUGGUGGCUCGUAUACUGGCUUUGGUGCCGCCCUGGACCCGAGUGUACCGUGUACAGAGGGACAUCCCCAUGCCACUGGUGAGCUCUGGUGUGGAACAUGGAAACCUGCGAGAGCUGGCAUUGGCCCGAAUGAAGGACAUGGGAACUGAGUGCAGAGAUGUAAGAACCCGAGAGGUGGGCAUCCAGGAGAUCCAUCAUAAAGUGCGACCGUACCAGGUGGAGCUGAUCCGGAGGGAUUAUGUGGCUAACGGCAGCUGGGAGACCUUCCUGUCAUACGAAGACCCCGAGCAGGACAUUUUGAUCGGCCUACUUAGGCUCCGCCGCUGCUCCGCACAGUCCUUCCGGCCCGAGCUGAAGGGCGGAGUGUCCAUCGUGCGCGAGCUGCACGUCUACGGCAGCGUAGUGCCCGUCAGCAGUCGAGACCCCAGCAAGUUCCAGCACCAGGGAUUUGGGAUGAUGCUGAUGGAGGAGGCAGAGAGAAUAGCCAGAGACGAACACGGCUCAAGCAAAAUGGCUGUUAUCUCAGGUGUAGGAACUAGGAAUUACUACAGGAAGAUGGGUUAUGAGCUGGAGGGGCCGUACAUGGUGAAACGCUUGGACUAAAAGCUUCACACAGCAGGACAAACAAGGAGAUGAAGAUUCCACCAAGAUCUUUUAUCAUCUUCUCAGGGACGCUGCAGUUUUUUUUGUUGUUGAUAUUUUCCGAAUUUUUUUAGUCCACUUUUUGCAAGUGAGGUAAGAGACUGGCUGUUUUACAGCUCACAGACAGCAGAUUAUGGUCAAGACAGAGAGCUGUUGGAUGCGUCUCUAAUGAAUGUUCUUUAACACCAAGACUCAAGUACUCCACUGUACUCUGUGUACUUCUGAAAUAUUUUUGCCCAUGCAGUUUGAUCACAAGUAUGCAGAUGAAUUUGUGUACGUUAUCAACCACACAGACAACAAAGAAAUAAACAGGAGGCAGGGCAGAGUCUAGAAUGUCCCCAGUUUUAUUUACAAUGUUGAUUUAAGGUAGAGAAACAUCGUUUUACAUAAUAUCUCUUCAGAUCCUUGUUAAUCCACCAUGUUUUCCUGAAAUGAAUAGCUAUUUCAUGUGAGGUUCCUGGCACUGAGAGUAGCAGACUCAUCAGAUCACUCCAUUUUUUUUUCUUCAAGAAAUAAAGAGUAUUUAUCUCCUAUUUUAGCCACUGUGGUAAUUGCACGUUGGUAUAAAUGGCACAUUGGCACGAUUAAUUGAAAUUCGAUCCAGUGCAAUAGUAGACAUGACUUCACUUGAAUGGACAAUAAUGUAUCCAUCACUGAACCUUAAGCGGAACUGAAAGAGCCAAAAAAGCAUUAACCAUCAGAAGUGUCUUCUGUCUGGACCAGAAAAGCUUUUAAAACCUGACACCGAAAUGAUCUGAAAUUGAAUUGCUUUCAUUCUUGUCAGCAGUAAAAGUUACAGUCUGCUUUUAUUUUUCACUAAAAUUCCACUCUCGCUCACAUUUUAGUCUGUCACCGCGCUGCCGAUUUCCAUCCCCCAUCUCCUGGGGUGGUGAAGGCUCUCUUCUUGGCGGGAGACCUCAUGAUAUCUCCGCUGAUGAGUUUUUGCUGCUUCAUUUAACACCGCAAUACCCAAUUAUGUCUCUGUCUCAGGCGCUGUGAGUCAAGGUGUCACUCGAAUGAUGACUGACCAGCCUUUAAAGCUGAGCUUCCAUGAGCUCUUUCACGCCACUUCUGUAAGAGGUUUGGCAUGUGAAAAAUGGUUUCCAAUAAACUGGAAAAUGUUAUCCCA